UAAACUACACCCCAUCCACCCUCUCGAGCAAACCUCAGUUCGAAUCCUCUCUGGCUCGACAUCGCUUCGUCCGUACUAUGGCUGCAAUCGACAUAACACCGGCCGAUGUGCCCAAUCCGCUCUCGGACUUUGAGAAAAUCGGUUAUCAUACCUUCCUUCACACCCCCUCGACAUAUACCUAUCAAUCUCCUCUAAUCGUUAUGUUCACAUGGAUGGGCGCCGCUCCAAAACAUAUCGCCAAAUACGCCGUUGCCUACCGGCGUCUUUUCCCUACUGCUCGUAUACUCCUGAUACGCUGCGAGUUGUUGGACGUCUUCCGAGGUUCCCUAGCGUCACAGAAGCUGCUAAGACCGGCACUCAAGGUGGUGCGCGAACAUGUCGACACUGGCGGGGACAUGCUAGUCCAGAACUUCAGUAACGGCGGCGGUAUUCAACUCGUCGAGUUCGCCAAACUUUGGCGGGCAACUGUUGGCACACCGUUGCCCAUGCGGGCACAGAUUAUCGAUUCAGCGCCUGGAAAAGGAAGCUGGUCGCGAAGUUACAAAGCGAUCUACGUGUCGCUUCCUCGUAACACCCUUACUAAGCUGUUUGGGCCACUGCUGGUUCACUUCUUUCUCCUCUCCUACUUCGUCUGGAAGACAAUCACGUUCAAAGAGAAUGGUAUCGUGACGAUGUGCCGGGAGCUCAACGAUCCGGAGUUGUUCGAUGUAAAGCCACCACGGGUAUAUCUGUACAGUAAGGCCGAUGAGAUGGUGGGCCAUGAGGAGGUAGAUGGCCAUGCCGAACAAGCUGCAAAUCUUGGUUGGCAUGUUGUCAAGGUCUUGUUCGAAAAGAGUGCCCAUGCGGGCCACAUCAGAGAGGAUUCGGGGAAAUAUUGGUCGGCCAUCAUGGACGCCUGGAACCAAGGCGUGACAAAGAGGCCAAAUUAAUCAUAAUCGCGCAGCAACGAGGCUUAGAUAGAUGUUCCACAGUAAUCCGCAGCAACUAAGGAACACGAUGCGGCGCUCAACCGGACAGUAUGUCGUGCUGAAGAAGUUGGCAACUGGCCAGACUUUAUAGGAAUCCCAUAUUAUUGGCCAC